AUGGCAACAGGUAUCGAAGUUGCCAGUCUAGCUCUGGCCAUUCUUCCGCUUCUGGUAAAUCAGCUUGAAGGAUACAUCAGGGGUAUUGAGAAAAUCAAGCUAUUGAAACGCUACCGGAGGGUGUUUGCCAAUUAUUCGACCAAACUUGGUGCACAGCACGCCAUCUUACUAAAUACCUUGGAACAGGUAUUGAAGGAUGUUGUAGAGGAUAAUGACAAAGUUUCCAGGCUCAUCUCAGACCCUCGAGGCGAAGAUUGGAAGGAUUCUUCUCUACAGGAGAAGCUUCGCAAUAAGUUAGGCCGAAGCUAUGGUCCUUUUGUGGGAACAAUGUCAGAUCUUUUGAGACUCUUGGACGAGCUAUCGGAAAGACUUGGUAUUGACAAAGCACACACAAAGGAGAACUGCCCCACUGGUACAAGAAAGGCCUGGAGGGUAAAGAUACUCAUCAUGGGCCCUCUAUACGACGAUCUGUUGGCGAAAAUUGAUGACGCCAAUACAAUACUAAAGAGCCUUGCUGAACCAUCAAAUAUUCGUGAACGGGCCCAGGAGUCGCGGCGACCUUGGGAUGAGCUCUUCCAUAAGUAUAAGACGGCACGAAACCAUACUUGUGAACUUUUUAAAGGAAUCGUCGGCGGUAGUUUUUGGAAAUGCAGCUGCAAAGAGCACCAUGUUGUUCAUUUCCAGUUGCAGUCCAAUCCCCUCAAGUUUGCUGUGGGAGAUGCCGACACCCAUGCUUUUGCAAGGUUUCGGAUGAUAUUUUCCCAGGAGGAAAGUACCCAAUCCUCACAGCCGUGGAACUGGAGAGAAGUUGAGUGGGAGCCGAUCGAAACAGUUCCUUCUAUAACAUUGACUCAGGAUCUGUGCUCGUCUCUUUCCGUCUCAAUUGCGGACAAUGUGAAGCGAUGUGCGAUUGGUUAUUUUCCCACAGGUCUCGACGAGACAGGGUGGUAUGCCCUGUAUGCAGUAACUUGCCUGAAAGAGCGGCAGCCCCGGCAGUCAUUGCGACAAGCUUUGUGCCAAAUCAGCCGGCGUGACCGAAUGCGUAUCGCUGCUGGUCUUGCUUGUGGCGUUAUGCAACUUUGUGGGAGCUGGCUGAAGCCUCGUUGGAAUACUUCCGACAUCGGCCUGGCCCGUGACGACGAAGACAGAAUCUUUCUGGACUCUCUGUUUUUCUCGUGGCCAUUACAUGGCUCGGCGGGCUCAGAGAAGUCGAACUUGCUGCAUGAUUCUACUGUGAGGACAGAUGUACUAGUGCCUCUUGGACGCACUCUAGUGGAGCUUUCGCUUGGGAAAUCGAUUGGUACCUUGGGCAUGCUGGAUGGAAUAGGUGAAGAUGAGGAUGUGACUAAGAUCGGCACUGCACUCAAGCUCAUAGAAAUGGUGUCACAUGAGAGCGGCUCGAACUAUGCGCAUGUUGUUCACAAGUGUCUUCUGGGGUCAGGCAUCAGCAUAUGCCAGGAGGAUAUCAAUUUUCAGGAGCAUGUAUUUGGUGGGAUAAUAUCUCCUUUGUUGAGAGACAUUGCUUAUUUUGAAGGCAUCGAUUCAUAGUAUAUUUCCUCUCCGGGUUUUAGCU